AUGAUGUGGAUUUCUUGCUUCUUAAUCCUGCUGAUCUCUUUGGAUGCUAUGGACCUCGCUACUGCUAAAGAUCUGUGCAAGACAGAAGUAAGCGUACUCGGUAAGGCUCUCAAGGGCUUCGUCUACAAAAAGGUCACAGUAACAGCUCCUUAUGAGUGCGAUAUUACCUGCAAGGGAGAAACGAAAUGUCAAAGCUUCAACUAUGUGAUUGGUGAAAAGUCCUGUGAAUUGAGCGCUCGAACCAAGGAAGCAAGGCCCGAGAAUUUCCAGUCAGACGAUUCACGCUUUUACAUGGGACGCUUCAUUGGCAGAAGUAAGCAUCAAAUGUAAUUCAUUAUACGAGCAGAUUUUUCUCAGUGAUUCCUAGUAAAAAGCCGCUACUCUCCGAGAGCAAAAGUGUCUAAAUGCUUUAUUCAUAAAAUAUUCAAACACUUGUUUCCAUUCAUAUUCAUAUUUCAGUCAUUAGAGCAAAAUUCACCUUCCAUAUUGAAUCAAUUUUCAGAGAAUAAAUAUAUUCUCUUGAUCAAUAUUGAUCAUAGCUCACAGCUCCAAUAUAUUUCUCCAAUUCUAUCUUUUCCCAGUGAGUUCAUUUUUUAUUUAUUUUAUUUUUUCUGUGAAUUUUAUAACCACUGAAAAUGUGAUUUAAUCUUUAUCGCAGUCCCCUUAGGCUCCAUUGCUGAGUUGCCAGCGUUAUCUUGCCAUGAGAUAAAGUUAAGUGAGGGUAAAGACACAAUCAGUAAAAUGUACUGGUUGGAUCCGACUGGCAUCGGGAAGGCAGAGUUGCUUUACUGCGACAUGAAAUUGGAAGGUAAGUGAGUGUAGCAUAUCAAAAUCAAUUUACGCUGAGUUUUUUAUCCCGUAUCCCUUUCUUGUCGGCUCAAGGAAUCUCUCCUUGUUAUUUUCUUUCGAUUUCUUUCCAACUAGAUAUCGAUGAGUGCAAAGGCAGCAAAAACGUCUGUGACGACAACGCGUACUGUUCAAAUACUGUUGGGUCUUACAAUUGCACCUGCAAAGAAGGAUUCACAGGGGAUGGACACUCAUGUUCAGGUAAAAAAAAAAUUUUAAAAAUAAUACCGAGGUACAAUACUUGAUUCUUCUUCCCACAGAGAUUUACAGAAUGUGACCAUAUCUAUGGAAUCUUUCACCUAGUUGAACUCGAUAUUUUCUUUCUCAUAUUUUUUUUCUGACAUUAAUGUUGCUUGUGUAUUGGCGAGUGCAGCAGUGUAAUCCGUGUGCUUGUGACAUAACUGCGAUUUAUACAAAAUCUAAGGGUAUUCACAGUUACACUUUUCUUUUUUAAUUUUCACAUUAGAAAGAAAAGUAGUAUGAUCUUUGCCUUACACGUUUUACCAGCGUGCCCAUAUUAAAAUAAAUACGAGAAUAGGCAUAGAGACAAUGAUGAUUAUGACACAAAAGUAUAAAUAACAUAUGAGUGGCAGAAGGCGGAUUGAGGUAAAUACUUGUACAACAGAACCAUGCAGUUGAUUUUGAUAGAAUCGAGAACAAAUCUUGCGGGUGAUAGUGCGAACUGCUUUUUUGUCUGCUCUUAGGUGAGCGUUAUAGUAAUAAGUGGAACAAAGGAAAAAGAGAGUUUGGCUUUGAACCCUGAACUUAGCGCGGUGAUUCCUUGAUUGUGGUAAACAACCAAAUCAAAUUUUUAGACGAAACAUAUCAACGCGUGAAUGUGAUAUGCAAAACUUGUUGGCGAAAGUGUAAUGAACACUACUUGAGUAGCAGUGAAAAUUUGAACCCAUGACCUCUGCGAUACCGGUGCAGUUCUCUACCAAAUGAGCUAACAAGCCAACUGGGAGCUGCUUAUCAUGUUGGUUCCAAAUAAACCCGUAAAGUGGUGAAUAAACGACUGUGAAUACAUGAAAGUCAUAUAUUUGAAAUGCGGAUAAAGACGAUUUUUUUUCAGGCUUUAUUUUCACUACUGCUCAACUAGUGUUCAUUACUGCGAAGAUCGCUUUCAUAUUCACGUCUUUAUCCGCAGUUGAAAUAUAUGACUUUCAUGUAUUAACAGUCGUUUAAAAUUUAAUAAAUUAUCUUCCUAAUAAUGAUUGAUUGCAUAGAGCGAUUGCAUAACUCAGGAACUGCAGCCCAAAAAAAAUGUUUCUGCGUUGAUUUCCUAACCACUUUUUUAGGGUCGUCGAUCGAUCGAAAAUGUCCUACACAAGUACAAUUUAUCGCUUACGUCAUGCAUAGCUGUUCUUGUAGGUGCUGCUGUUCGGUGUUUGGAUUAGUUAAGUGUGAGACUUAUGAAAUAACCAUUGGCCAUAAUAGUUUCAUUCCUCUAACAGCUUUCAUUUAUUUUUUAGCUUUUUAGCGGAUCCUUACUAAAAUGAAACUAAAAGAAAAAAAGAAAAAUGAGUGAUACCGAUAGAAAAAGUAGUUAUCAAGCACCCAAUUAUCCAGUGUUGCAUGAUGACGAACUCCCUGAGGGAUGAUAACCCGUUUGCAAUUAUCAUUUAUCUCUACAGCAACCAUGUUAUCAUUACAAUAACUUGAGUGAUGCUAGCAGAAAUAGAAUCAACGUAAAAACCCUUGGUCAAGCGUUGUGUGACAAUGAGCUCCUUGAGGGAUGGUAUCGUUUUGUGGGAGCUGCAGGAACUAAAAUGCCAACAACGCGUGUUCCACGAAACAGAUGUGGUACGCAAUUCUCAGGUUGGUUGAAUGGUAUUCAUCCUACCGUGGAAGAUGGUGACGUGUACAGGACGGUUUGCUUUAGUAAAAUAUAUGACGGUUGCAAAUACUCAAAUGAAAUUUCUGUUAAAAACUGUGGAUCAUACUUCAUCUACAAGCUUCAGCAGCUUCCACCCGAUUGUAAAUUACGUUAUUGUGGUACAGACUGAAUGGAAUAACGCCAUGACAAAACAGUUGAUUCAUAAAUCGAUCUGUGUACACAUGUAUUUCAAAAGAAUUAAAAUAGUUUAUUCGUUAUCAAAAUCAUUGAAACGUUGCACUAAUGAUUAACAAACUGCUAUAUUGUUUCAUUUGUUGACUGUAAAUAAAAUUUCUCAUUUCUAGUCUCACCGAGGACCACCUACCUAGAAAAUUAAGUAUGAAUGUGGUAUUAAUCCUUCUUAGAAAAAACAUGUUUAUAGUCUUAGAGCAAUACUCCCGAUUGGAUGUCUGUCGAUAUAUUUGUCGAUACGAAAGAUUGGUGAAAGAUGUUUUUUAAGGAAUGGAAAAGCAGUUGAGCAUAAAACGAGAUCUCUGCAUUUUAAUGCUGAAAACCUUUACUGACAAUUUGUUUCAUAAAACAAAGACUAAAGCAGGAUAUAGUUGAGCUUAACAGACGAGUUGUAGAAAUGAAAAAAAACUGUUAUUGUUCCGUUGCCAAAGCCCAAUAGGGUUCACGAAAGAAACCCUCGAAGGCCAUUGGUUGAUAUUUUCAACUUCUCAGGGUAAUUAGCGAUUUAUUUGGUAUCCAUAAGCAUCUCCAUUCCGAGAGAAAACUUGAACCCACUGUUACGAAAAAUUGUAGUGCGUGACAGCAUGACCUUCUAGAAGCUUCGCGAGAGGUCACAUUUGUUUAUUUUAGUGUAUUUAGUGUAUUUGUAAUCCCUCUAUAGUUAGACUAUUUAGAAAGUUCUAGAAUUUUAUUGUGUAAGUAUAUAAGCAGGCGAGUCCAAGCGAAGUUUUAACCAGUUUUCACAAGUGAAGAGAGUUUGACUUUAGCAUUCAAGUGUGACCAAGCAGUAUUUAUUGAAGUUGGCGGAGGCCGAGUAAGUAAGAGUUUUACUUGGUGAAAACUACGUUCAUUCUCUAGAAUAAAUCUUCUUGUUGCUGUUCCGACAACCCCGAGUUCAGUUUGGUCUUCGAGCUAUCCAUCCUCUGAGAGAUUACCCGCGUAACACCCACCCAAUAUUGGACAAUCAACGGCGAUGUUAGAUAACUUAAGAUGAUAAUACAGAAAGAAAAUAUUAUAUGGGGUCUAUUCAAAGGAGGAGUGAUAUAGCUCGGUCAUUGUAUGUUUCAUCUUGGGUGAGGGGAUAGGGGGGCUAUUCAAAGAAAAAAUGAUAUAGCUCGCGGCGAUUCUUGCGUAUUUCAGCUUGGGUGAGUCAUGUAAAUAAAAGAGACAUCGUGCAUUUGAUCAUAUUAUAUACAUAUAUAUAUAUAUAUAUAUAUAUAUAUACAUACAUACAUAAAUAUUAUGCUAUUAAAUUUUAACUUCGGAUAUUGGAUUUCUAGUGUUCUGAUUGGUUCACUCAACUCAUGUUAUUAGCUCAUAUUUCGAGUCGCCUUAUAUGGAAAUGUAUUGCGACAAGUUAAUAAACGUCCAUGAUUAAAUGAAAUUUCAUAAAAUAAUUGUUCCACUGCGCUCGUUGGAUACCACAACGAUUAUAGCUACCUCGGCGCUAAGCACCACAUUGGCUAUGUACCAUCUCAUAUCAACUCAUGGAAUGAUAACUAUACAGUUCACAGUGAAAAUAUUUUAUUGCACGUGGACCGUUUCCAAAUGAAUGAUGUUAGGACUAAAGUAGAUGAAAGGGCAUGUUAACUUAAUAUAAAGAUAGCAGGGAACGUUUAGGAAAAAUGAAUAAACCCAGAGCCAAGCGCAGAGAAAACGGAUCUAUCAAUCGAACCUGGUUGAACUUUUAGCAGUGAAUGGCAAACAAUCUUCAUAAAAUUGAAAACUAAGAAUCAGAAAAAAGGAAAAAAAAAAACUUUCGAGACUCCGCUAAAAACGGUACUACAAGUUAAAUUAGGUAUGAUGAUGUUGACAUUGUUGCUAUUUACUUGAUAUCGUAAUUUUUAAUUAUUACUAUGUAAGAUAGUACUCGUAACUGCAAUGCUGGAGAUUACCCGUCAUUUUAUAAAUUACUGAAUGAAAUAACAUGUAAAAAACAUAUAUUGGUGUCUGUGUCGUCUGUGUCUGUUUCUGCUUAGGAAUUAUCACUAAAAUGCAACCAAAAAGGGGGGCGGGUUUGAACGAUGAAAGGAAAGGGAAAGAUCAUUGUGGUAUUAACCCUUUUACUACCAAGAACUCAUUACUGAUUAAACUUACUUACUUCUAUAUAGUUCUUAACAUGUUAGUUCCGAGAAUUUGGUGUUGGACAAUCCCGUAUACAUAAUUGAUGUUUUCUCUGUUCUCAUCACUCACUUGCGUGAUACAGCAUCGAUAUUGUAAAGAGAUGUUCUGUCUUGGUCACUCAUGCGAUUUAAAGGGUUAUGAGGCUAAGAUGAAAUUGGUUUCAUCUCAGACCCUCCGGAACACCUAGAAAGAAAAACCAAAUCCUUAAAAUUGCAUAUCUCUGUAGGUUCCUCGAUUGUAUUCUUGGUAAAUAUAUGGUUUAUAUGGUAAAUAUCAACCACGUCAAUUAAUACGCCUACAUCUCUACAAAAUUAAAAAAAAAAAAUUCCGCCAUUCCAACGUCUUACCUCUGCAGCUAGUCGAAUUACUUUAAGAGUCUUUUUUUAUUGAAGAUUUUCUUGAUUUCAUAUUACUCUCGCCCUUAGACGGAGAACCCUUCCGCGUCUAAGGCUGAGAGCUAUGUGAAAUUAAGAUUAGAAGGAUUGUCAAGAAAACCUCAUCCAUGCAUUGGCACUAAGGCUCUUUUAAGUCUCAAAUUUCAUAAACCACCCACACAAUUCUAACUCAUCCAUGCAUUGGCACUAAGACUCUUUUAAGUCUCAAAUUUCAUAAACCACCCACACAAUUCUAACAAAAGAGACUUCAGGACUGCAAGUUAGACAAGUUAGGUCCAUACAAUUCUUCCUCGAAUUAUUCACUCCAAGUGACACUUUGUUCAAAAUUGCUCUACUGCUGUUCAGCAGCAAAUAACACUUCAUGAGAACCUAAGCAAUACUGAAAACUUCGAGCAACCCCUUCGGAAGAAACAAGCAAUCCAGAAUAAAUGAAAGUAAGACUCUAUUAGAAUAAGAAUUUUGGAUCAUACUGGAAAUUUUUUCUCGAUUUAUUCGUUACAAAAAGUAUUUUGUACAAAAUCUCUUUGUUAUUUUUCAGUUGCAAGUCACACAUAAUGAGAACUUGAACUGCGUUAAGAAUAAUUUGGAAAUUUUCGGAAGAAAGAGUAAUCCUUACAAAAAGAAAAAAGUUACAGCAAGCUUCUAUUUAUUCGUGUCUGUCAUCUUACAACGAAGGUGGCAGGGGAUUUCUAUUUAUUGUUUAUUCUACAAACCUUAUGUUGCUAAACGGCCGAUUUCAAUUCGUAUCUUACACUUGUAGCUCGGAUAAUAUUUUCGUAAAAGCACAUGUUUUUCCCUGUAAGUAUGAGAAAAUUAACUUUGACGAUGAAGCCUUCGUGAGAACCGCGAAAAUAGGUUAGAAACGACAUUAUUCGCAAAACACUAUUGCGUGUUAAUCUAACGGUGUUUAAAACAAGAAGGUACAAAUUCAAUAAUGCAAUGGUUAAAAAUAUUUCAACACCUUUCAAUUAGUUUUGUAUGGCAAAAUAAUCUCACAUGUUUGUAGCGUUAUUACCAACCAAAAAAUGUAUUGUCGGUGACUAAUUAGUGUCAAGCUUACACUUUUAUGUACGUACAGCUUGUAGCUAUAAAAAUUUGAAUUUGAACUCUUAUUUUUUGUUGCUAAGUUCCGUACAUCUAAGUCUUUAUGUUGUUCGCACAUGAUUAAGUCUUGUUUACAUUGGAAAAAAUUACUGUUUGUUCGAAGAUUCUCACGAGAACAGAGGAAGUUAUCAGAAAAAAAAAAUGAAAUCAGGUGUAGAAAAUUAAAUGAAAGAUUCUGAAAUAGCGUUUCUCAGGCUAAACUGAUUUUUUCCGUAGCCAAAGACGUUCUUUCUUUAUAGCUUUUAUCAUUAAUAAUCUUUAUUUAGCAAACGGUUUAUUUAGUUUCCUUAGGUAAACACUGAAUUAUGAGAAAAUUUGAGAAAUAUCUAAUUAAAAUACGUGUAAAAGCUAAUUUAGACCGAUAAGUUGUAAUGCACGCGAUUUUAAUGAUUUGGAACUUUAAAGGAAAACGAAUCGCGACGUUUUUUUUUUUUUAUUUUUUUUUAAAAGACAAAAAAAAAGCUUGUUAUCGCUGCCAUUGUCCAGCGAUAUUGCACGAAAGUCGUAUACUCAUUUUGUUGAAUUUUUUUCUGGCCUUUAUCCCCUCCUUUCAACUCCCUGAGCGAGGAACCCAAAGUGGGGAAAAAUAAAAUGUUUUUAGUAUUUACUUUUAUUUCAGUGGCUUAGAGCCAACUUUAAGUAUCGUAACCAUAGCUACCACACUUUGAUGAAAGAGAGCAUUUUUAAUUCCGUAGCAGUUAGGCGCUUACAAGCAACCUGAGAAGGUAAGAAACAACACUUUCAGGACAAUUUCUCUUCAAUAAGAAUCUUUACCCGCAUCUCCUAUAUUUCUGUAGUUUAGAAUUACAUAGGAUAAGUUUUGCUCAACUCUUGAGUUAGAGUUUGGUAAAUUGUUGUCUGCAAACUGACUAACGCUGCUUUGAAAUAAACCAUAUCAUCAGUUUUAAUAAAUAGUUUUCUACUUCGGGUAUACUAUCUAAAUCUCUACAUAUUUGUUUCUGGUACGACGCACAUUUCUCUGUUUACCUCAUAAACUGUCAAUACAUACAGCCGCCUUGGCUAAUGUUUCAAGUUGGCCAAAAACUUUGAAUUUUUUGCAGUCGGAAGACGAUUUCCUUUAAAUAUAAAUUCAUUUUCCAACAAGUAGAAGAGGAUAAUUUGUUGGAGGUCGGGCCUUACUGUUUGAAUUUAUCCUACCCUUUAAGUAUCUAAAUUCGUAGUUAGCCAGUUUGAUAAAGACAUCUUCUCUGCUGCCUAUCUAUUUUUUCCUCUACGUCAUUAACACCAGAUCAGCAUAUUAAAAUCAUAAUUCCACAAAAUUUAAAAAUGCGUUUAUCUUCAAAACUCAGAUAAUCUACCGCAGCUAAAAGUGUGCUUAAAAAUUCUUCCUUGCCAUUUUAAUUGAAAUCCUAUCCAGCAUCAUGUAAAUUGUGUACUCACAAUAUCAAUAUAGAGUGUUUUCGCUAACUUUCGGAUGACAUAUUAAUGUGCAUGUGAUAUGAUUAUUAUCUUUUCAUCUGGUAUUUAGCCAAUUUGGUUGAGAGAAAUUACUUUUUUCCUCUUCAAAAUAGACUGUCAUUACGCAGGAACAUAACAUAUACCUUUAGGGUUCUAUCCUUUACAUUUGCAGAUUCAGUACAAACAAAGAAGUAUGUAUUGGACGUUACGCAAUUUAAGAUUUUUCCUCUUCGCUUCUGCCAUAGCGUUUGUCACAGCUAGUUAACAAUGCAGGACAGAGGAAAAGAUACAAUGCAAGACAGAAGUAAACUUACGAGAAAUGGCUCUCAAGCGCUCUGUCUUCAAACGAUGGUCAGUGGCAGCUCCUCACCUCUGCGAUGUCAAAUGCGGACAAGAGAUCACGUGUCAAAGCUAUAACUACAAUAAAAAAUACCAAAUAUGUGAACUAAAUAACCGCACCAAGGAGGCGAGACCAGAGAAUUUCCUUUCAGCGCGCACGUGGUUUUACAUUCGACGAUUGAACGGCAGAGGUAAGAAAUCGCAAGUCUAUGUACCAAAGUAAUUUUUUGUUUCUUUAGAUUUUCUCCAUCCUGAGCUAACCGCGUUCCUUCCCAUUUACAAGAAAUGAUCAUGAGAAAAGAAAAACUGAGAACGUAUUUUACUGCAGCUCCCUUGGGUUCUAUACCUGAAUUACCGGCGCUGUCCCGUCACGAAAUAAAGGCGAGUGAAGGAAACGAAAGUAUAAGCGGCAACUUUUAGCUGGAUCCGACUGGCACUGGGAAGGCAGUUUUGAUUGACUGUGAUAUGAUUACCGGGGGUAGGUCUUAUCAUUUCUCUUCGAGUUAAGUUACGAAGUUAUGUUUGCGAAUGCUUUGGAUAUACUCAACAAACGCUUGCCAGUUGUCGCACUUAUUUACUUUAUUUACUUGUGUUUGAUAUAAAGCUAAAGGUCAACUGAAAAUAAAUCACAAAACGCUAACUGAUUCGAUUUGCUUAGAAACGUAACAAGAUAUUGAAAAGCGAAACGAUAUAAAAUGAUUUUACAUACCGACAUUUGCGGCUCUAGUUCUCAGGAGAAUAUCCAAACACGUGCGUUCACUUCCACAAGUAAUCGUUUACUUAUCAAGUUUCCCAUACUGUACUACGAUAAAGAUUAUGACGUCAACGUAACAAUAUUAGUUUUUUUAUAUUAUUAGCAUUAUCGUUUGUUUAGUCAGAAUCAGUUCUUGUCUGGAUUACUUUCUUAUAUUUUCUCUUCUUUUGCAAUUUCUAGAUAUGGAUGAAUGUAAAUCUGACAUCAGUGACUGCGAUGCGAAUGCAAACUGCACUAACACGGACGGUUCUUACAAAUGCAAAUGUAAAGCUGGAUACACUGGUGAUGGACACUCUUGUUCAGGUACUUAUACCUUCAUCUUCAAAGAUGACCCGAUAUAUUUUGCUUCCAGUAGCUGUUUUAGCUAUUUUUUCUGUUAAUCGGCUCAAAAUAAUGAUUACAGAAAUGAAGUAGUAAUGAUAUUACUGAUGUAUUGACGAAUGCAGCUAUUCAUUUAGAAUAUUCAUUUUACGUCAAGCAUUUACAUCGGAGGAAGUAAAUCUGCCAAACAGACUCUUCUAAAAAUAUGCUGUGCCAGUAUUUCUUAGUGCAACGAUAAUCUGCAGGUUUAUGACAUGUAUGUGACGUAAACUAAGCAUUUUUUUCUUUGAAAUGAUUUCUAUCACAUUAUCAUCUCACAACAUCACCGUUAUCAUCUUCAUCGCCACAUUUAACAUUACUAUGAUUAUCAUCAAUCAUCACCAUCAUCAUGGUCAUCAGCUUUAACGUUGUAACUCUUCAUUACACUGCUUACUCUUUCAAGAUAUCGAUGAAUGUAACAAUGGAAGCCAUUCGUGUGAUGUGAAUGCAAACUGUGAAAACACGAAUGGCUCUCACAACUGCAUCUGUAAGGAAGGUUACAUUGGGAAUGGAAAAUCGUGCCAAGGUAUACAGGAAUAGUUUUAGCGACAACGCAGGAAUAGUCAGCUAUGGUCUUUGUACCUGAAUCACCACAUCGCUUAUUUAAUCGUGAAUUGUGUGGCAACUCUCCUCUGUAAUGAUUGUUACGAAAAACACCUACAACAGUUAUUUAUUCUCACUAAUUCUCAUAAUUGUACCGUUAAGGAGGGAUAAACGAGAAACAGACAUCAUGUUAAGGUACAAAAGAUUAGCCUUUCAAACAGCCAAUUUUUGGAUGUAAAUUCUGCGUUUGUUAGCCACAUUCUAUUAUCCCUGCAAGCGUCAGACAAUACAAUUCUUAACAUUUUUGCAUGUCAUGCGCCGUUUGUAUGCAUGGAGGCAAAAAGAUAAAAUAUAAACAUUAUUUAUGAUUUUCCAGAUAUGAACGAAUGUAUAAGAAACCAACCUUGCGACGUGAAUGCGAUCUGCACAAACACCGAAGGAUCGUAUGUUUGUACUUGUCACCCUGGAUAUACUGGAAAUGGACUCAGUUGUGCAGGUAAGUGAUGUUUUCCUCUGGUUCCUUUAAACGUAAACGAGACCGUCGUCUUUUCUUGGCAUGUCCUAUAUCGGCAACAAACAAUAACCCUUAAUAUCAUCGCGAUAAUGACACAUUUUUUUAUUUGACAUUUCAAAUAAUAAUCUCUCUCUUAGACAUUGACGAAUGCAGUGAAGCUCAUGCCGUUAAAUUAAACAAAUGUCAUCCGAAUGCCUCUUGUAUUAAUACUAGGGGCUCAUACAACUGUCAUUGCAAUCCUACUUACACUGGAAAUGGUUUCAAAUGUAAAGGUACGUUCGGUUUCUUUGAGCCAAUUUAAGUUUUAUUUUGUAGCUCAGCUUUAAUUUAAAAAUAAAUUGCUUACAGCUGUCUUUCUUUCGAAACAUGAAAAGCGGGCGAAAUUCUCCUUCAUAGUAGCGUAAACGCAAAAAUGAAUGAUCUCUUAAUUAUGUUUCAAAUGGUUUUAAAAAAACUCUUACAAGAAGUGUCCCAUAACGCAAACAUGAUUCUCUCCCUACAAUCCUUAAAGCUUUAGAAAAUCCCUUAUUUGAGAGAAGUUAUAACAAUAGCAAUUAUUUAGUUAUUUGACGUGCUGUCAUUACAGAAACUUCAUUUGUUGAUCGUAGCAGACAGAGGCAUUACACACGCAAGGGAACAGUUAUUGAAAACAAAUGCUUUUUAGGGUGGUAUGGGUGUCCGGGAGCUGGGGUUAUAAAAUUUCUCAAACGCGCAUGGUAACAUCAAGUUCAGCCGGUCCAAAAAGUCUCACACGUAGAUAGGCUAUUGAGGCAAGAAGAAACAUAAUUCUUUAUGAUGCUAUCAUUUUAUGUUAAUUCCUUUGUUCAUCAUGAUUGUUCUGCACGACUACUUCUUAUUCCCAUUCCACUUAUUGCAUAAAUUUUUUUUUUUUUUUUCGCAAAAUGCAAAUGCCGUCUGCUGUUUGUUGAGCUGAUUCUCUAAGAGAUGUCAAGGAAAAAAUAUUUACCUUUGAUUGUUCAACAUUUUUCAAAAUUUAUAUUGAACUUUUCCAGCCGACCCAUGUUAUCAUUAUCAAAGCUUGAGUGAUGCCACUAGAAAGAGUAGUUACAUAACACCCCAGUACCAAGAGGUUUGUGACGACCAACUCCCUGAGGAAAGGUAUCGUUUUGUGGAAGCUGCGGGAACAAAAAUGCCAACAGCACAUGUGCCCGCAUUUAGAUGCGGUACAUCCUGGUCAGGCUGGUUGGAUGGUGCUCAUCCUACAGUGGAAGAUGGUAAUGUCUCCAGGACGGUCUGCUUUAGUGAUCGUUAUUCUGGUUGUAAAGCCAUAAAGAAUAUUUCUGUGAUAAACUGUGGAUCUUACUUUAUCUACAAACUUUUUAGGCCACCAGAUUGUUAUAUGCGUUACUGUGCUACAGACUGAAUGUCAAGCAAAUAUAGUUCGCGUAAUAAGAAGGUACAUAAAUAGAUCUUUAUGACUUUGCAUAAGGUAUGUAACAUGUAACUUAGUUAAAUUGGGGCCUUUCCCCGUUAGCGACAAAUCUUACAAGUACGUGUGGUUUGUCGCGACUCGACAAAUUUUGGCCGAAGCGGACAAAUCUUCAAAAGCACCACAGACAAAAUUUUUCACGGGUAAAAAUUGGACAAAAUCGACUAAAUAAACAAAAACGUGAUAAACGUGUCAAUCAUUCGUCGUAUAAGCUACAAGAACCGUGUAAUUGAACUGAAAUCAGUUUUCUAGAAAGGGAAAAUUGUCUUUUGCUGCAAAACUCAGUAAUUCUAAACUUUUAAUAUGACUGAGGAUAAAUCCCUGAAAUUGGAGGUGGAAUCCCUUGGCAACUAUGCUUGCCGGUCUCGUGAACAGAUCAGGCGCUGACGGAAUUUUACGGCUUUUACGGCUGACGGAAAAAAAAAUUGUCAAAACAAAAUUUUUCCCUUGAUUUUGUCGGGACAAUUCUAGUUUUGUCCGUUAGUGGGGAAAAGCUCAAAGUAAAGCGAAUAAAUGAGUAUGACGGUCAAAAUCUGAUAGCCCUGGCAAAUGAUUCCUAAGUUUGACGUUGUAAUUGUGCCUUAGUAUUUAGAAGAGUUUUAACUAACCUCCAGACUCACAGUAAAAUAAUUUAACGGCUUAAACCUGUCGAAACCGUGUAUCAAAAUGGAUCCUUUAAAUUCUAGGCGGAUUCCAAACCGGAAUUGAUGAUCACCAUGAAAAUGGCGUGAUGCAGUUUCCGUCCAGAUGAUUUAUAUUUGAUAUUAAAAUUGGAGUUUGUUUAUCUCAGUUUCACGCGGUGAAAGUCUCAACUUUUUUGUCCUGAUAAAGUAGUAGGAAUGAGCUGUAUAUAUAAAGAUAUACAACAAAUCCAUUAUCAAGAGCGAAUGAGGACAAGGAAAAAAAACCACGCCUGAAAAACCACUGCCACUGCCUGAUAUUUCACUAUUCUAUGACUGGCUAGUCUUCGAUCCAUUUGAUGUUCAUUUGUCUCGCGCUUUUAAGGAGAGACCUGAAAACACAGCAAAUAGGUAAAAAAACUGGUGAGUUUUUUAACAACAUCAAAAUAUCGAAAAAUCGUUGCUGGUAUUUACAAACGAGAGUGAUAUGAGCUGGAUCACUUUGUGGCUCAGCUUCUUGAGUGGUGUAAAUAGACGGGCAUCGUCUCAUCAUUUCACAAAAAUGGUGUAAAUUCCUAAUAAACACAUUUAUUUAGCCUUGCAUGUAAAUGGAGCAGUCUCAGUUGAGUGUCUUAACGGGAACACGAAAGUAAAUGUUACAGCCAGUCGACUAAACAUAACAAAGUAAAAAUAACAAUGACAAAAAUAACGAAUAAAAAGAUUUUAAAGCGAAGAACACGUAAAGGAAACUACAGGAUGGAACGGCAUUUUCGACACUCAACUGAAAACUGAACUACAAGUAAAUUUAAUCUUCAUUUCCGAUGUCAUAAUUUAAAAAAAUGCUGUAAACCUUUUCUGAUUCAUUAGCAAGAAAGAAUUCACAAGUAAUGUCAUAGUUCGUUGUCAAUUAAAUACACAGAAGGGCAUCUGCUUUGAUCUCUACCUUUGUUAGUGCUAAGGGGUUUGUAAUAACAGGCUAAGAAACAAGGGGGGAGGAUUGGGAUGGGGAGUGGGGAGGGGGAGGUCUACAAUAAAGAAAAGAUGGGACAGAUCACUGUUAUCUUGGGGAGCUAGGAAUAGUGAGGACACGAUUUUUAACAUUGAAUAUUACAACAGAAGACUGUCAGUGGAGGUUACAUUCGGCAGGUAACUUCGCAAAUUUAGCAUUUCUCCUCGAUAAAUUAAACAAUCGGAGCAGUGGCCUAAAAAGGUCUGGUAAUAAAUCAAUCUCUCAGCAUAAGCUGUAAAUCUGCCCAUUACCUAAUUUUAUUAUUUAUCCUCUCAAUGUUAUCUGUUUGGCAAAAGGGAGUGGAUAACGUUCUCGCAGAAAACGAAUUGUGUGUGUACUUGCCGAUAUUACUCUGA